AUGAUACUAGUUGAUAAUUCGGCAAGGGUUUCAGAAGGAAUGCUGAAGGCUGCGUGUAGGAACGCAUUUCAGCUGACCUCUGUAUUAGAUAUACUUAUCGACAGAAUCGCCAUCUGUUGUAUAUCUCCAGACCCCACUCAAAACCUGAACAUUCUGAUGCCAUUAUCAUCUUACAGUCUAGACACAGUUGAGAUUCUCUUCCGGUCACUCCCGGCUUUCCAGCUCCCUCAUGGCGAGUCAAGCCGGUCUCGUUUAGCAGGAGCUAUAAAGGAGGCAUCCAACUACAUCAUUCGCCACUCAAGCAGAGAAGCAUCUUGUCAUAUGUUUCUUGUUAGUGCAGGAAGUACAGUACUGAUUCCGGGAGAGUCUAACGGGGAUAAAUUGCGUUACCAUACCAUAUCACCUGAAAAUGCCGUGAUGAUUAACAGCCGUCAGUCGUUGGAAGGCUGGCACAUUGGAACCAAUUUUGGUAGUGAAGAACAAAGUGUUGACCUCACAUUUAGAAGCAAGCUGCAGUUUGCUAUUCAACAUCUUAGGAUAGGUGUUGAUUCAGGAUACCUUCAUGAUCUUGAAUUGCAGCUUGAAGCAGGGCCUGAUUCAGAAAUUGAGGCUAUUCUUGGAGACACCAACCGGAGUGUACUUCGACUAGGCGAAUCAUGGACAGUUCUAGUUAAAGUGAAACCUAUCCCUGAGUUGCAAGGCCCUUUCAACAGCUGUCUUACCACAACUAACAGUGAGAAUGAACCACACACCCCGAACGAGUCAACCGUGGACCGGAUGAUUGAUCAACUUCAAGGAAUGCUCAAACCAGCGAGUUGUACUCUUAAUAACGAAUGUCGCAUCACUGCAUCCCUUGAGUAUAAACACUCAGCACUCUCUGGAAACACCAUACUUUUGACAAGGAACAAAUUCACUGUUCCUCGAUUUCGCAAAGCAGUUACCUGGGAUGAUAGUGUAAAACCUCCAGCUCCUCGAAGUAAUUCUGCAAUCAGCCAUCGCCAGAUCAUAAAACCUCCGAUCGACAGUGAGAUUAUUUCAGUCAAGAAACGUCAACAGUUUGUCAGCAAUGUUGUUGGAAAUGAUCAUCAGUCAAAUAAAUUCGGAAAAGAAAUUGCAGAUGAGGCUUCAGCUAUGAGGGAAAGUUGUCUGCCAUAUAGGGACAUGUCUCCUUUUGGAAGCAUGAACCCAUAUAAGGAUAUUUGCAAGCAUGCUGAUCCAAUGGCUUCACAGCAAUACCUGGGCAGAAUUCCCGAGUACGGUCAUUUGCAUCGCUUGGAAGAUCCUUUUGCUCGAAUACAUUAA